UGGCCACUCCCGCCAAUAUUCAGUGUGUGCUUGAGCUCAUCACCAUACUCAAUCCCUCAGCUGUCUUCGCUCGCACAGCCUCCCAGUCCCUGACGGUGUGUCAAGAGGUUCAUAUUAGCGGGACCCUGUCGUGUUCACUGCGGCUCCAGUGUGUGUCAACGUGCAGGUGUGAAGAUCGUCACAUGCAGGGGAGUGGUAGAGCCUAGUGGCAAUUAGCUUGGACCAGGUGCCGAGGCUCGCGGUUUCAGACGCUGCAAACUGUGUUACUUCUGAGUCGGAGGUGGCGGUGGAGGUGGAUUUGCUGAUUGCCUGCGUUGUUGAGAUUGGCACGGUUGGUUGUGGUUGUUUCAGCGGUCUAGUUGGUUGCCAAGUUGUAGGUAGUAUCAUGGGCGCCAAGCAGAUGGAACAGGAGGCACCCGCGUUGGUGCUCCCUUACGUGGAGAAGAUGGAGAAGAAGCUCAGCUUUGCUUCGAAGCGGUUUAAGAAGAUCUGCGUGUUCUGUGGUAGCAGCAGUGGCAAGAAGGGCGUUUUCAGUGAUGAAGCUCUCAAUCUUGGCCGCGAAUUGGUGGAUCGGAAGAUCGAUUUAGUUUACGGUGGAGGCAGUAUUGGCCUGAUGGGCCAAGUCGCCCACACUGUUAAAUCUGGAGGAGGCCAUGUUGUUGGUGUGAUUCCGAAAGCACUCAUUGGUCCAGAGCUUACUGGCAGUACUGUCGGGGAUCUUAUUGCUGUCUCAGAUAUGCACCAGAGAAAGGCAGAAAUGGCACGGCAAUCAGAUGCAUUCAUAGCUCUUCCAGGAGGGUACGGGACCCUGGAAGAGCUUGUUGAAGUUAUUACCUGGAAUCAGCUGGGCAUACACAAGAAGCCGGUGGGGCUUCUCAACGUGGACGGGUUCUAUGACACCUUGCUUACCUUUUUCGAUAAGCAAAUGGAAGAGGAGUUCUUCGACAAUUCAGCUCGUAGCAUAGUCGUGUCUGCUCCGACUGCAAGUGAAUUGCUAGACAAGCUGGAAGCUUAUGCCGCAACUCCUGCGUAUGCUGGCCCAAAACUAUGCUGGGAGAUGGAGCGGCCAUGUGCAAUAGGUUACACUACCACCCCUAUCGCUGGCCUCGGUCAAUGAUUUGCAGGCGUGGAUGGCGUCCGAUGCCACUCCACGAAUCAAGGGAUGUACAUACUGAAAAUCAGCAAUUCAAGCAUGACAAAAUAUAAGAGCCACUACAAUUCCAGUUUUGACUCUGCGCACACGAAGGCCUUGUGCUUCUAGUCGGCCAUUUUCUGCCCUCCUUUCAAUGAAGGAAACGUGCACUGUUCAAUUCACUCAACGAUGGUCUAUCGCUUCCCUACAGAUACGUGAACUCGUGGCAAGGAUUCGUCGAUGGAUACCACUCGUCAUCCUACCUUGCAGUCCGAUUUAUUUUUUUCCAUCUCCCCAUGUAACAGGAUAAUGUAGAUUUUCGCUUUUCGCUUUUCGCUUUUCCUUCUCCUAAACUCCUAUAAGGCCCCUUGGCGUGGGUGUACUAUUUCAAGUCUUACAUUUCCAAUGAAUAAAUUCCAUCACCAUUCAAUUUCGACAA